AUGUUCAGCAAUAUUAAGCGCAAAUUAACUCACCCACGCCCAAAGCCUAAUUCUCCUACUGGUCAGUGCUUAACAAAAAAGGAUGAAGGAACUACAAAGAAAGACAGAGUUGAAUUCGUCAAACGAGAAGCAAAUCCGAAUGAGCCUUUAUCGUUACGUGAUACUUUUACAGAAUCUGAUUUUACUAAAACAACAACAAUAUCAUCUAUGCAUAAUGCGGUUACAUUGGAUGGUUGUGAUACAAAAAAUUUUGAUAAAUCUAACAAUAAAAAAUAUCCUUCAACCUUUAAUCAUCAUAAUAAUAAUAAUGAGACGGCUUCAGAAACAAUGAAUUCAUCUUUGCAUAAUAAUACAAAUAAUUCAAAAUGUCAAAAUAAUAAAACGGAUGAUGCAUGUAAGGCGUCGAUAACCACAACAAUGUCUAAUAAGUCUAAUUUCCAUAAAGAUUCCAUUGUUUAUUCCUCUCAGUUAGACAUUAGUAAUAAUAAUAAUACUAGCUCUCCUGGAAGUGAGAGUUUUCUUGGUAGUUUCGAUGGUUGUGGUAGUGGAGGUGGUGACGGUGGUCGUGGUGGUUCUUCCACCUCUUAUCUAUCACCUGCUUCAUCUUCCGCUAAAGAUUCAAAAACAGAAGAGGAUCUAGAAGAAGAAAAAUACUUGAACAAUAAUAAUAACAUUGACAAUUGUAACAAUAAAUCAAUAAUGAAAAACCACAAUUCUUACCAUCAUCAAUUGUCGUCUAGUCCUAAAAUUUUAACAACUCAUCUAAUACAAAAUAAAUUCAAUCCACAUCCACUAGCUACUAUUAAUCAAUCACUGAAUAUCACUACUAACAAUAAAACUCAUCAUAGUAAUGAUAAUAAUAAUAAUAAUAACGUGUGUAUUCAUAAAAAUGAAACUUGCAAUGUCUGUGAUCAAACUAGUAAUCAUUUAAAUAAUACUUGUAAUAUAAAUUGUAAAAUUAAUUCUACUCCGUCAGUUAAUGAAUCUCCUGUUUAUGAUAAUUGUAUACCAGAUAUUAUUAAUUCAAUAACGGCGACAACAAAUCAUCAUAAUCCAGUGAAAUUAUUGACUACUACGAACAAUUGUAAACAUUCACAACAUCAAUUACUGUCUAAUAAUAACAAUAAUAAUAAUAGUUUUAGGCAAAUAAAUAAUGAUCAUAUUCAUCAGUCACCACGUAUGACGACAUCAGCAACUAAUCAUAGUCCAGUUUUCACAAUGAAUGGUAUUAACAAACCUUGGAGUUCUGUAGAUGGUUAUAAUACGUCACGUAUUGUAGUUGGCACUACAAUAAAAGAAGAAGAAAUUGAAAGUGAAGAAUUCAAUUCAUUGACAACAUUUCAAUCAUGUACUACCGAACAGGAGAAUUUAAAAAAUUCUACUUCUACAAAAUCUUCUAAUCAACAAAAACUUAUGAAUUCAUACAAUCAUAUCAAAGAUCCUUUGAAUUUACCAGUUCAAUUAGGUCCACAUCUUGCAGCCGCUGUUGUACAAGCAUCUGAUGAAACUGGAACAGCAACUGCUGAUCUAGUCGCUGGUUUAGCUGAGGUUCGUCGACGACCAAUUGAUGCUAGAAAUAGACUUCGUCGACUUGAAUUAUCAUUUAAUAAUAAAGUCGGCAAUUCAAUAUCAAAUCGUUUAUCUUUACCAGCAAGUAUUAAUCUCCCACCGCAUUUAUGGCAUAGAGCUACACAAUUUUUAGAAGAACCUAUGUCAAGACGUGAACGUCGAUGUUCAUUAUCGGAAAUUGGUUUUGGAAAACUCGAGUCUUACGCCAAACUGGAUUUAUUGGGUCAAGGUACCUAUGCAACUGUAUACAAAGGUAAAAGUCUUCUAACAGAAACGUUAGUUGCUUUAAAAGAAAUACGUCUGGAACAUGAUGAAGGUGCACCAUGUACAGCUAUACGUGAAGUGAGCUUAUUGCGUAAUCUACGCCAUGCAAAUAUAGUCACUUUACAUGAUAUUAUUCAUACUGAGAAGUCGUUAACAUUGGUAUUUGAAUAUGUGGAACGUGAUCUAAAACAAUAUCUACACGAUUGUCAUGGAAUUAUGCAUUCGGAUAAUGUCCAAUUAUUUCUAUACCAGUUAUUACGUGGUUUAGCUUACUGUCAUGAACGUCGUAUACUACAUCGUGAUUUAAAGCCACAAAAUCUAUUGAUCAAUAGUAGAGGAGAUUUGAAACUGGCUGAUUUUGGUCUAGCUCGCGCCAAAUCAAUUCCGAUUAAAACUUAUUCUAAUGAAGUUGUUACAUUAUGGUACAGACCACCAGAUAUUUUGUUAGGUUCAACGGAAUAUUCUACUCAUAUUGAUAUGUGGGGCGUCGGUUGUAUAUUCUAUGAAAUGGCUACUGGUUGGCCACUUUUUCCUGGCUCUACUGUAGAAGAACAAUUGACACUGAUUUUUAAACGAUUAGGUACUCCAAAUGAAACGAAUUGGCCAGGAGUUACCAGCCAUCCAGAUUAUAGUAAAUCGCUUAAAUACGGUCCAUAUCCUGGUGAACCAGGGGGUCUUCCACAUUUAACUCCACGUUUAUCACGUCGUGCACAUCGUUUAAUGGCAGAAUUAUUAGUUUUUCCUGGAAUUCAACGAAUCUCUGCUAUAAAAGCUUUGAAACAUGAAUAUUUUAUUGAUUCUUCCCGGUUUCCAUUUCAUACAUUUAAUAGUUUAUCAGCAGAUUCAAGUGUAUUCGAUGUUCCAGGUGUACGAUUAGCAUGUGAUCCUGGACGUAGUGCCAGUCUACCGACAAAUCGUAUGAGUACCUCAAGCUAUUUCUCUUCAAAUAAUGGAUAUAAUAAUAAUAAUAUUGUAAGAUGUACAAAUUCACAAUUAAAAGUUAAUCCUCAUCAUCGUCAUUCACAAAUUGAAAUGAAUAAUUUAAUGAAACAUCGAAAUAAUCAUGAUUAUUAUCGUAAUCAAAUGUCCGGUUUAUCAAAUUGCAAUAAUGUUAAGAUGAUAGCGUCUCAAUUCCAAAGUUAUACUAACAAUAUCAAUACUACUACUAAUAAUAAUAAUAACAAUAGUAAUAAUAACAACAGCAAUAAUAAUCAUUUCUUUCCUAAAUAUCAUUGUGAAAUUAGUAAUAUACAUCCCCCGCCUCCUCCUCCGCACCAGUCUAUCUCAUCGAAUUCUAUUAAUAAUAAUAAUAAUAAUAAUAAUAAUAACAAUGCAUCUUGUCGACCAUAUUCAACAGCGUUCGAAUCAAAUUAUCCUCUCCCUUCUAUAUCGAAUUCAAGAUCAUUUAUCAAUUCGAAUCUCGUGCUUGGCCCAACGAAAUUCAAUGAUCAGUAUCAAAUCAAACCAGUCAUAGGAUCAACAAUAAUAGGGUUGGAUGUAACAAAUUGCACUACAUCAAUUAAUAAUAAUAAUAAUAAUAAUAAUAAUAAUAAUAAUAAUAAUAAUAAUAAUAAUAAUAAUGAAAAUAGUAAUAAUGCUACCACUGUUGUUUAUAAACCACAAACAGUAAACCGUUCUAAUUGGUUAAAUAUUGGACGACAAUCUUCAGGUCGAUUUGAAGAUCGCCGACGUAGUCUUUUCUCAUGAGAUCACCAUUUUAUUACAAUGUACACAAAUACAUAAAGAGAAGGAGAAUGAAAUGGCCAUAAACGAGGUGUUUUGGAACCGCUUUUUCUUCUCUCUCACAAACACAUACAUCAGCUGAUCAUGACGACGACUACUUUGCAAUAACUAUUUCUUUAUCUAACUUUUCCACUGUUUUUUUCCUUCAAACAUGUACAGUCUUCCACGAUGACUACUGUGUUGUCUACUAGUGAUAGGCAACUGAUAACUAGUGAUUUGUUAUUACCUAAUUUACUGAUAUGCAUCACAUGAUUUCUUUUUUGUCUUACUGUUCUUCCAUUAUUGUUGAUGUUUUUAACGUUUUUUUAAACAAAAUUUACUUGUGACUUGCUUUUGACUUUUAUUCAUGCAUUUUAUUUUUCACAAUGUUUAGUUAUUCUGUACCCCCUUGUAGCAAUAUAUAUAUAUAUAUAUCCUCAUUCCAGUGGUGACUUUUCAUCUGCUACUCGACCACUAUUAAAUGUUGAUGCUACACGUGUUCAACUUGUUUAUCAGUUCAUCUGAAUAUAAUAAACAUUCUUUCAAUGUUCAAAACAGCAUUUCACAAAUCCCUUGAUUAUAGUUUUGUUUUCCUUUUGUUUGUUUAUGGUUGAUAAUGAUGACUGUAUCUUUCAAGCUGAUCAGUCUCAGUCAAGUCAGUUAAUAUAUUCAUAUAUAUGGUUUCAUUUGUUUGUAUCUAUCUCUUUGCAUAAGAACAACAAUAAUCAAUAAAUAUAUAUAUGUCAAACAAUGUAUAACGAAUGCCAGAGUCAUACAAUUUCAUUUAAAUAAAAAACUAAAUCUCUUCAAUUUGUCUGUUUUUUUUCUGCCGAUAGCGUGUGCAGUUUUGCAUAUAACCAUUAC